UAAGGGUUUUUUUUAUAUAUUUUUUUAAUUUACUUCCCACCUCCUCCGGCCUCCGUAAUUUUUUUACUUCUUUCAUGUUCAACCCUUUCCCAACGGUCCAAACCUUGACUCUCUCUGUGUCUAUAUGGAAAUGGUCGCACUCGUUCACUUGUCAAUGCUACCUUUCACUAUCAAAGCCCUAAAACCUCUUGCUUGUUGAUCGAUUGUAUCGCAAGGGAAGAGAAGGAAGAGAGAGUGGCAAUUGAAACGACUGAGUAUGGUGAUGAUCGACACCGCAGUGGAUUUCUUGGUCCCGUCUUGGUUGGAGAUCAAGGUCACUGUGGUUGCAGCGAUAUUUGUCUUCGCUUCGUAUUGGUUCUUUGUUUGGAGUGGAGGAGGUGGAGAUGCUGAUGCUGGUGUUCGAUCGCAGAUUUUGGACAAUUCCAGUAAUUCUGGGGAUGGAAUUGAGGAUAGAGACAAGAUGGGUCAGUUGAAAGGAGAUCCUCAGGCCAAUUCUGCAUAUAUAAUCAAGUUGGAAUUGUUGGCAGCUAAGAAUCUGAUUGGUGCAAAUUUAAAUGGAACUUCAGAUCCAUAUGUAAUCAUUACAUGUGGUUCAGAAAAGCGGUUCAGCUCCAUGGUACCAGGUUCAAGAAAUCCAAUGUGGGGAGAGGAGUUCAAUUUUUCUGUUGAUGAGCUUCCUGUCCAGAUUAAUGUAACAAUAUAUGAUUGGGAUAUAAUUUGGAAAAGCACUGUUUUGGGCUCUGUAACUGUUUCCGUUGAAAAUGAAGGUCAAACUGGUGCAGUAUGGUACACAUUAGAUAGCCCCUCUGGGCAGGUUUGUCUCCAUAUUAAAACAAUAAAGCUACCGGUAAAUUCUUCCAGGGUUAUGAAUGGAAAUGCUCGAAGAAGGAUUUCUUUAGAUAAACAAGGGCCUACAAUGGUUCAUCAGAAACCUGGGCCUCUGCAAACAAUAUUUAACCUACAUGCAGAUGAGGUCAGAUGCACAAACUCAUUCUUUAUUGGUGAACACAGUUACUCAUGUGCACUUGAGAGGUCAUUCUUGUAUCAUGGGCGCAUGUAUGUAUCUGCGUGGCACAUAUGCUUCCAUUCUAAUGUUUUCUCCAAGCAAAUGAAGGUGAUUGUACCUUUGGGAGAUAUAGAUGAGAUACGUAGAAGUCAGCAUGCAUUCAUUAAUCCGGCCAUAACUAUUGUUCUGCGGAUGGGUGCGGGUGGGCAUGGUGUGCCUCCAUUAGGAAGUCCUGAUGGUAGAGUCAGGUAUAAAUUUGCAUCCUUUUGGAACAGGAAUCAUGCAUUAAGAGCACUGCAACGUGCAGCAAAGAACUACCAUGAUAUGUUAGAAGCUGAAAAGAAGGAGAGAGCAGAAUCAGCACUGCGUGCUCAUAGUAGCUCUGUUAGAGGUAGUAUCAAGAUUCCUGAAGAUAUUGUACCCAAAGUGGAAAAGCAUCAAGUUUUUAUCAAAGAAGAGAUUCUUGUUGGUAUAUAUAAUGAUGUAUUUCCUUGCACAGCUGAGCUGUUUUUUAAUAUAUUGUUAAACGAUGACUCUAAGUUUACAAAUGAGUAUCGUUCAGUUAGAAAAGAUACAAAUCUUAUUAUGGGACAGUGGCAUGCAGCAGAUGAAUAUGAUGGUAAAGUGAGAGAGAUAACAUUCAGGUCUCUAUGUAAUAGUCCCAUGUGUCCCCCAGACACAGCUAUGACAGAAUAUCAGCAUUCUGUACUAUCACCAGAUAAGAAAAUGCUUGUGUUUGAAACAGUACAACAGGCCCAUGAUGUUCCCUUUGGAUCUUAUUUUGAGGUUCAUUGCCGGUGGAGAGUGGAGACCAAUGGUGAGAACUCCUCUACAAUAGAUAUAAAAGUGGGUGCACAAUUCAAGAAGUGGUGUGUGAUGCAAUCCAAAAUUAAGGCAGGAGCAAUCAAUGAAUAUAAGAAAGAGGUGGAGUUGAUGCUAGAAAUGGCACAGUCGCGUAUCAGAUCACUUUUUUACGGCGGCGAGGCUGACGAGGCUUCUUCCUCCCCCAUUGUAAUACAAGAUAGCAGCUGACAACCUCGGCAUUUUCAGUUGAGUUAUUCUUUCUUUGCUUAAAUGUUUUUAAAUUUUUGACAUGUAGAGCCAGCCUCCAUGUUCCUUUGUGACGGCAAUAGCCAAUAGGUGUAAAUCUUGUGUGCAAUUUGUAUUUGUAACUUCACCCUGUCUCCUCUUAAGAGAACUAGUGGUGUGUCUUCUUGUGAUGUUUUAUGGUUUAAUGGCAAUCUCAGGCUUCAAAACACAAA